CCCACCCCUCCCUCUUCUCCCUGUAGCAUACUAUGACAAAAAGCAUGUUGAAUUAUUUACAACAUUAAAAAAAAAAAGAGCCAUUCGACUUAAUGGAUCAGACGGUGCCAAAAAUAAAUUUUGCUCGCACUGGGCAGAAAAAAAAUAAUUCACUCGUUCAUGGCCAGCCUGCAAUAUAAUCCAGCCGAUCUCGAAGCGUACGGCUGCAAUACCACCGAAGCCACCGAGCUCCGUUUAGUCCGGCCCAAUGCCUCUCUUGGCGCGUCGACGCGAUACGUGGAAUUCAAUCCUGAAUUUACGUAUCCUAUUUUUGGCGAGCAGGAAAUUGCAUUCGGAUACAAAGAUCUGGCUAUCCAGCUUUACUACGCAUCCGGGUCGCUGGCUACUUACUUUCACUUGGACUACGCAGAAAAAUUUCAGGGCGUAGCUUCCUCGUCGUCUGAAGCAGAGCCACUUGCUGCGGAUGAUAUUGAAGGGAAACUACGAGAGUUCAUACCGCAUGAUUAUAUGACCAAUUACGAUCGAUUCUUGGAGAAGGUCAAAGAAGAUGAAGCAUCGUUCCGUCCACUCGGCGAAAAAGUGCACGAAUACAGCUUGAAUGAUGGAAAGGACCAAUUCGAGAUUUACAAGUCAUCGUUCAGCAGUGAGAAAUUCAGAACGUAUCAUGAACGCAUGCAACUUUUCAUGCUUCUGUACGUGGAGGGCUCCAGCUACAUUGACUCCGAAGAUGACAAGUGGAGCAUUUACACCAUAUUCAAACGCGAAGAUGCAGCCGACGUUACGUCGUAUCACUUUGUGGGAUAUGCCACACUCUAUCCAUUUUUCUGCUGGCCAGAUAAAAUUCGAAUGCGCAUUAGUCAAUUCUUGAUAUUACCACCGUUUCAGUCUCACGGUCAUGGAAGCAUUCUCUAUUCUACGCUGUACAAGGAAUCCAUGGCCCGAAAUGAUGUAGUGGAAAUGAACGUGGAGGAUCCCAAUGAUAACUUUGCCGAUUUACGAGAUAAAAAUGACAUGCGUAUGUUGAUCGAUGCCGAUGCGUUCAAAGGUCUCAAGGCACCUGUAUCUGAUGAAUUUGUCGACAUGGCCCGCAAAAAGUACAAGCUCACCAAGCGACAAAUGCAAAGGUGCAUUGAGAUUUAUCUUUUGCAGCAUCUGGAUAAGCGUAAGGCCUCCGAUUACAAGAGCUAUCGAUUGCAAGUGAAAACAAGAUUAUACAAAUUCAACUUGGAUGCUCUGAGAGACAUGGAAGCAAACGAACGUUUGGAAAAACUUCAAGAGACAUAUAAAGGCGUGGAGGAAGACUAUCAUAGAAUUAUCGAACUCAUCUAGAUUAGAUAGGAUUCCUUCAUUUGCCACCGCGGCUGUUCCAAACUAGAUGCCCACUGACAUGGAUUUGCAUUCAUAAAAGCACAAAGAGAAACAAUACAAAAAAAGUCAAUAUUAAAGCUCUGCUAGAUUAAUUGAGAUUCAUCAUCAAACAG